CAGGCUGCUGCAGGAUGGGGGACGACAGGCCCUUCGUGUGCGGCGCCCCGGGCUGCGGACAGAGGUUCACAAACGAGGACCACCUGGCGGUCCAUAAACACAAGCACGAGAUGACAUUGAAAUUCGGCCCCGCUCGCACCGACUCCGUCAUCAUCGCAGGUAUGUGCCCGGCCAGCCCGCCAAGAUUGAUGCCAGGCACCAGAUGCACUAGGUUCACAAACGAGGACCACCUGGCGGUCCAUAAACACAAGCACGAGAUGACAUUGAAAUUCGGCCCCGCUCGCACCGACUCCGUCAUCAUCGCAGCCCCCGGCCCCGCCCGCCGGCCGCUGGGAGCCGCAGAUGCGUGCCGGGCUCAGCCGGGCACGCACAUCGGCUCAAUUGAUCGAUGGCCGCGCAUACGCUCGCAGUCAGCGGCGCUGCUCGGAAAUAAACUGCGGGAGCCGGGCCGCAGCUCGGGGGCCCUGGACGUGUCUCUGCCCCCCACGCCGGACAUGAAGAUCAAGGAGGAGGAGCCGCUGGAGGUGGACUCGUCGCCGCCGGACAGCCCCGCGCCGCGGCCGCGCUCGGCCCCGCGCAGGGACAAGGAGAGCCCCUCCAAGCCCGUGGUCCUCUCCGCGCCCACGCCCACCAUCGUGCGGCCGGGCUCGCUGCCGCUGCACCUGGGCUACGAGCCCCUGCACCCCACGCUGCCGUCGCCCACCUCCGUCAUCACCCAGGCGCCCCCCUCCAACCGACAGCUGGGGUCUCCCGGCGGCUCCCUCCCGCUCGUGGUGCAGCUCGCCAAUGGCCAGGCCGUGCCCGUGCUGCCCGGCCCCGCCGUGCAGAUGCCGUCCGUCAUCUCGGUGUCCCCGGCCCAGCCCACGGCCACGGGCGGGCGGCGGCGGCGCGCGGCGGACGAGGACCCGGACGAGCGGCGGCAGCGCUUCCUGGAGCGGAACCGCGCGGCCGCCUCGCGCUGCCGCCAGAAGCGCAAGCUCUGGGUGUCCUCCCUGGAGAAGAAAGCCGAGGAGCUGACGAGCCAGAACAUCCAGCUGAGCAAAUACCCCAGAAAUAUCCAGAAAUACCCCAGAAAUGUCCUAGAAAUAUCCCAGAAAUACCCAGAAAUACCCAGAAAUACCCCAGAAAUAUCCAGCAAUGCCCCAGCAAUGCCCCAGCAAUACCCAGAAAUACCCCAGCAAUACCCAGAAAUGUCCCAGAAAUACCCCAGAAAUACCUCAGAAAUACCUCAGAAAUACCCAGCAAUACCCAGCAAUACCCCAGAAAUACCUCAGAAAUACCCAGAAAUAUCCCAGAAAUACCCCAGAAAUACCCAGCAAUACCCAGCAAUACCCCAGAAAUACCUCAGAAAUACCCAGAAAUAUCCUAGAAAUAUCCCAGAAAUACCCAGCAAUACCCCAGAAAUACCCAGAAAUAUCCUGAAAUAUCCCAGAAAUAUCCAGAAAUAUCCCAGAAAUACCCCAGGCCCGCUCUCAGCUCUGCUGUGCCCCGGUCCCGCUCACGCGGGGGCCCCGAAACGAGCCCGGGAGGUGCCGAAGGGACACGGGAGGAGGGUCCUGGGCGCGCCCCCCACCCCCCAGCUGCUUUGUGCCACGAGCUUUGACGAUCAAUAA